AUGGAGAUCGAGAAGUACUACCGCAAGCAGCGCAUCUUCAACGCCCAGAAGGCCAAGGGCGGCAAGGUUGCCCCCAAGACCAAGCGCUGGUACAAGGACGUCGGUCUCGGCUUCAAGACCCCCUCUGAGGCCAUCAACGGCACUUACAUCGACAAGAAGUGCCCCUUCACCGGCGAGGUCUCGAUCCGUGGCCGUAUCCUCACUGGUGUCGUUCACUCCUCGGGCAAGAUGACCAACACCAUCAUCCUCCGCCGCGAGUACCUCCACUUCAUCCCCAAGUACCGCCGUUACGAGAAGCGCCACAAGAACCUCGCCGCCCACGUCUCCCCCGCGUUCCGUGUCGAGCAGGGUGACACCGUCACCGUCGGUCAGUGCCGUCCUCUCUCCAAGACUGUCCGUUUCAACGUCCUCCGUGUCGCCAAGAACAAGGCGGCCAAGGGCUUCAACAAGUUCUAA